GCGGGGCUGAGGCGGCGGCUGAGGCGGCUCCUCCGGCUCCAUCAUGUCCGCGGGCGGAGACUUCGGGAACCCGCUGAGGAAAUUCAAGCUGGUGUUUCUCGGGGAGCAGAGCGUUGGAAAGACAUCAUUGAUCACAAGAUUCAUGUAUGACAGUUUUGACAACACCUAUCAGGCAACAAUUGGUAUUGACUUUUUAUCAAAAACAAUGUACUUGGAGGAUCGAACAAUCAGGUUGCAGCUGUGGGAUACUGCGGGUCAGGAACGUUUCCGUAGCCUCAUUCCCAGUUACAUCCGUGAUUCUGCUGCAGCCGUAGUAGUUUACGAUAUUACAAAUGUUAACUCAUUCCAGCAAACUACAAAAUGGAUUGAUGAUGUAAGAACAGAAAGAGGAAGUGAUGUUAUCAUCAUGCUAGUAGGAAAUAAAACAGAUCUUGCUGACAAGAGGCAAGUGUCCAUUGAGGAGGGAGAAAGGAAAGCCAAAGAGCUAAAUGUUAUGUUUAUUGAAACUAGUGCAAAAGCUGGGUACAAUGUAAAACAGCUUUUCCGACGUGUUGCAGCUGCUUUGCCUGGAAUGGAAAGCACACAGGACAGAAGCAGAGAAGAUAUGAUUGACAUAAAACUGGAAAAGCCUCAGGAGCAACCGGUCAGUGAAGGAGGCUGUUCCUGCUAAUCCCCUGUGGUAUCUUCAACCUUUCUCCAGAAGCUCACUGCUUUGGCUCCCUUACUCUUUCAUUGACUGCAGUGUGAAUAUUGGCUUGAAACCCUUUCCCUUCAGUAAUAACGUAUUGCAACUCAUCUUUGCUGCCUGUCUCGUGGAGAUGAUCUAUUAGCUUCACAAGCACAAAAAAGUCAGUGUCUUCAUUAUUUAUACUUUACAGAAAGCCAAAAAUUCCAGCAUAUUCCAGUGAUAACUAAGAUACAUUUCUUAACAUUUUUUUUCCUUAUAAUGUUAUGAUAAUGUACUUCAAAUUGAUAAAAAUCUCAGCAGUGUGGCUUGGUUAAGGAGCAGUUUUUUGCAGCAGCACUUGCCUACCUCCUUAAUCUCCCGAUUUUCUCACCUCUCCCUUAACCUUCCUAUUUUUCCCCUACUUUCCUCAAAACAAACAAGUGGGAGGGUGUGCAGAGAGGAUAGGGUACUUGCCUUGCACACAGCCAACCCAGGUUCUAUCCCGACACUACAUAAUUGCCCCCCUGUUGCCAGGCGUGAUCCCUGAGUACAGCUGGGUGAGACUCAGAACAAACAAAAACCCAGGAUAGCAGUCAGAUCAGGCUGGUUGUAAUUUUCCUUAAAUUUUAGCGAUACCACUUGUUCUAGGCCUUUAGUUAACAUGUACACCAUUAUUUUUAAGCACUGAUAUGAACUAUUUAGACCUAAUUUGAGGUCAAAACUGAGCUAUCAUGGUAGGCAGUGCUUGAAUAAGAAAAGGAUCUGGUGUAUGUUUAAAAUGAGCUUUGGUGAACAGACAGUACAUAUUAGUGAAUGAACAUAAAGUGUGUUUUUGACCAGAAUAAAGGACCUUUUCACGUGUGCUGUAUUAGACUGGGAGAGAAUAGCAAACAGAUAUCUGAAAACAUGUUUUUAAUAUUUAACCCUUCUAAUGAACUAUUUCUCACAAAAUUUAAAGAUUAUUCUGUAUUAAAAAGAUACCAUUUUAAAAAAGUAUGAAACAAAAAACUUUGAGCAAUAGAUUUCUCAUCCCCCCACACACAGACACCUUAUUUUAUAAAAAAUGCUAUUCAGGCAAGGCAUGGUAGAGGUCACAUUCCUUUAAGAAAACCAGUGGAAGGAUUCAAACAAACAUAACUAGCAAAACAUGCUAUUUAAAGCUUACCCACAGAAGAGUCCUCAACAGAAUAGCAAAUACUUUGCUCAGGAUACUUGAGGUCAAAUUGGAAAUGGGAACAGUUUUCUUAUAAGCCCCUUGAGACAGAUCUGGAGUAAUAUGCAUAGAAGAGAGAAAAGAGAAAAUGGAAAUAAAACAAUAUUAUGCAGAUUUAUGCCUUAUUUUUUAGCAUUUUUUAAAUGUUGGGUCUUUCAGGCUAAUUUUGCUUUUUUUUUAAAGAUAUGUAUAGUUUGGUUAAUUAACUAGUGAUUUAGUUUUAUAUUUAAGCUUUAAUUAAUCUUUUCUUUGGUGAUAUUUAUUUCUUUGCCCUUUUUUUUAAACUACAGUUUUUAGAUGUUUUGUUCAGUCUACCUAGCGCUUCAUCACCAUGGCAAUAUGUAUUUCCCUUAAAACACUGCAAACAAAUAUACUAGGAGUGCACCCUUUUAAUCUUUACUAGUUAUUGUGAGAUUGCUGUGUAAGUUAAUAAACACAUUUGUAAAUACAUUGUUUGCAGGUAGAAAUUUUCUGAGUUGCAGCUCAGGAACAGCCUGCUGAAUUUAUGUUGUAAGCAUUACUUAACACAGUAUAAAAAUGAAAAGACAAAAAUAUCUUCAUCCUUUCUCAUCCCUUCACUGCAACAAAAUCCUUAACAAGGAAACCUUAUUCCCCUCACUUUGUUCUUCCUCUCCACUACUCACUUCUUGUCACCUUGUAAUAUUCAGAGAGCACUUGGAUUAUGGGUCUGAAUAGAAAAAUGCUUUCAGAUAAUCAUUAGUCUAUAGACCAGUAACUUAUACUCAAAGAGGAUGGAGUUGUAAAGUGCUUUUAUAAUACAAUAUUAUUGUUAAAGACAAGGAUUGACCUUUUGUUUUAUUUUGACAUGGCAUGUCCUGAAAUAAAUAUCAAUUCAAUAUGGCA